AGCCAAGUGGAGUCAUCAUCUUCCUAUUCUGACAACUUAAUGCCAGCUGGAUUGUGUUAAGGGCACUGGAGAAAUCAAAUCCUCACUGUGCACAAAGUCCAUUGUGAGAGCGCGCACAAGCCAAGAAGACGAUUGCAUCUUCUCCUCCAGUUGUGAAAUGGUGUUCAACCCAUGUGAUGAUUGCCUGAAAGUCAUAUAGAGUUGUCAUCCGGAGUUGACAUUGAUUUACAGAGUGAAUGCAGUUUCUCUCAUUUGUGGACCUCGAGGGUCAACAGAGGAUCAAAUCUGAGAUCAACAUCAUCAAACAGGCUUGGGAAGGGAUGUUUAGAGAUUCAGCUCCUCUCAACUUUCACCUCACUUCCUGGUGAAGGAGCGUCAAACGACACAGGGGCAGUUUUAGUGGAUGCGCUCUGAAGAACAGACGUCUACAUUUAAAUAUUCCUCUGAUCAAAGUUGGGUUUCUGCUCCCCCCUGUGAUGAGUUAGAACAGGAGGACUCCUGCCACCGGGCGACUACACGGAAAUUUACAGUGGAAACACCAACUCAGAGGUCUUUUAAAGAAAUAUCUGAAUUGAGGCCAUUGCUGCUCCCUGACUGUUCUGACCUGUGCGGUGUGCAGCUGUGUGUACCUUCAAACACAGUCGAGACUGGGAGGCUGCAAGUAAAAGGUGCUGCUGCUUUUUGGGGAGGAAUUCACUUUCCCAUCAGCAAAGUGUCUUUUGUCAAAGUCAAGCGAGUUCACAGUGACAGGCCGACAUCUGAGGAUCAAACCACAGCGGCGCCUGCAGUCUGAAGGAAAGCAUCCGGUUUCAGAAUCUGGACACAUCCACACGAACUGUUUUGAAAGUGAAGAAAUGACACAAGUUGGCAGCAGACCAGCACCACUCAACAGCUAGAUCGCUCUAAAAGUUGAUGUACAACAGCAUGCCUGUAUGUUUGCCAGCUGCACGAGCAAAAUCAUUAUGGAAGUGAAAGAGCGACGUCCAUACUGCUCACUCACCAAGAGCCGGAAGGAAAAGGAAGCUCGGUACACGGGCUCAUCGGUGGACAGCGAGGAGUGCGUGAUAGGCUCCCAGGGUCUCCGAGUCCCCACUCAGAAGUCCUACUCGUCCAGCGAAACGCUCAGGGCCUUCGAUCAGCACCAGGACCAGACCAGGUUACUAUACGGCACUACGAAGGGACACAAAGAGAUGGUUCACCGUGAGCAGGAUGAUUACAGCAGGCAAGGACAGCACUUCAGUCUCCGUCAGCUUGGGAUCUGUGAGCCGCCGCCACGUCGUGGCCUGGCAUUCUGCUCUGAUAUCGGCCUUCCCCACCGCGGCUUCUCGGUCGGUACCGCCCAGGACACGGAUCCAGACAGCCAGGCUGUGAUGUCACCAGAACGGGCCAUGAGGUUGUGGGGCCGAGGGGGUUUGGGCAAAUCGUCGGGGAGAAGUUCCUGCCUGUCCAGCCGCUCCAACUCAGUGCUGACUCUUACAGACACGGAACACGAGAACAAGUCCGACAGCGACAAUGGUUCUCCCAUGCCCUCCCCCUCCUGCCCAUCACCUGUCAUUGACCAAUCACAUCCACAGUCUAAUCCACAUCACAACCCACUGUUAGGCGACGCCACUGACUCAGACAAAGAAGAGGAGGAAGAGGAGGAGGAGGAGGAAGAAGCAGAGGAGUAUGCAGCUCGAUUGUACCUACCUAUAACACAUGAACAAACGUCCAACCAUCAUGGACCGACCUUGCCUCCUGUGCCCCCACCUCACCGCCAGCAGCCAUCAGUAACGGCUCUCAAUCAAGCGCUGGGCUCCACACACCACGCUGGCCAUACUUUGAAUUCAUCGCGACAACUAACCCCUCCCUCUGGAAGCCCGGCCCCCGUGGCCGGCCAAUCACCAGCCGAGCUGCAGACCACGCCCCCCGAGAGCGUCCCGCUGCAAGACAGCUGGGUGCUGGGUAGCAAUGUGCCUCUGGAAACAAGGCACUUUCUCUUUAAAACAGGUACAGGCACCACCCCCCUCUUCUCUACAGCCACUCCCGGCUACACUAUGGCGACAGGCUCCGUAUACUCCCCUCCCACCAGGCCUUUGCCAAGGAAUACCCUUUCCCGUUCUGCCUUUAAGUUUAAGAAGUCCUCCAAGUAUUGCUCCUGGCGAUGUACCGCCCUCAGUGCAGUCGGCCUGUCUGUCCUGCUCUCCGUACUGCUUUGUUACUGCAUAGCUAUGCACCUGUUUGGUUUAAACUGGCAGCUUCAGGAGAAUGAAAGUUACGGAGCAUUUGAGAACGGAGGCGGCGGGAGAGAUACAACCCCCAACCCCUUUAUGGUGUCCACAGACAACGGUAAGAUGUUUCUUCUGGAGAACAACACUAUAGACACAGGGGAGGUGGACGUGGGGAGGCGAGUCGUCCAAGACGUCCCACCAGGUGUGUUUUGGAGGUCCCAGCUCUACGUCGAUCAGCCGCAGUUCCUGAAGUUUAACAUCUCUGUGCAGAGAGAUGCUCUGGUGGGCGUGUACGGACGUAAAGGCCUUCCGCCUUCACAUACACAGUACGACUUUGUGGAGCUGCUGGACGGCAGCCGGCUCAUUUCCAAAGACAAAAGAGCUCUCGGUGACGCAGACUCCCUGUUCUUUCACGUGGCCGGGUAUCAUGAGGACGAGUCUGCUGCAGGAACUCGGCACACGCGCUCGGUGAGCGUGCACGAGGCUGGCUUCAUUCACUACAUGGACACUGGAAUCUGGCACCUGGCGUUCUACAAUGACGGGCGCAAUACGGAACAAGUCUCCUACAACACCAUCGUCAUAGACUCAAUUAUGGAGUGUCCUCAGAAUUGUCACGGAAACGGCGAUUGCCUCUCAGGAAUAUGCCACUGUUUCCCCGGUUUUCUGGGGCCCGACUGCUCUCGAGCUGCGUGUCCGGUGCUGUGCAGCGGCAACGGUCAGUACUCCCGCGGCCGCUGCCAGUGUUACAGCGGCUGGAAAGGCACAGAGUGUGACGUCCCGUCCAACCAGUGCAUCGACAUCCACUGUGGAGGCCAUGGCAUCUGCAUCGUCGGCGCCUGCACCUGCAACACUGGUUACAAGGGGGAAAACUGCGAUGAGGUGGACUGCAUAGACCCCAGCUGUUCUUCCCACGGGGUGUGCAUACACGGGGAGUGUCACUGUCAGCCGGGCUGGGGCGGAGCCAGCUGUGAGAUCGCCAAGGCCAUGUGUCCGGACCAGUGUUCAGGUCACGGCACCUACAACGCAGAGACCAGCACCUGUACCUGCGACCAGAACUGGACGGGGCCGGACUGCUCUUUAGAAGUGUGUGAGGUAGACUGCGGGACCCACGGAGUGUGUUAUGGCGGUGUGUGUCGCUGCGAGGAGGGCUGGACAGGAACUGUGUGUGACCAGAAGGCCUGCCAUCCCCUCUGCACCAAGAACGGUGUCUGCAAGGACGGGAAGUGUGAGUGUGACCAGGGAUGGACAGGGGAGCACUGCAACAUUGCUCACAAUCCGGACAUUAGAGUUAAAGGAUAUAAAGAGGGUUGUCCAGGUCUCUGCAACAACAACGGGCGGUGCACUUUGGAAGCCAGCGGGUGGCACUGCAUCUGCCAGUCAGGAUGGAGAGGGGCUGGCUGUCACGUUCCCAUGGAAACUCUUUGUACCGACGGCAAGGACAAUGAAGGAGACGGUUUGGCCGACUGCAUGGAUCCCGACUGCUGUCUGCAGCCGUCCUGUCAGAACCAGCAGUACUGCAAAGGGUCACCUGACCCGGCAGAGGUUCUGAGCCAGUCUCCAUCCUCUCUGGCUCCUCAGCAGGCUGCCAGGUCAUUCUUUCAGCGCAUUCAUUUUCUAGUCGGCCCUGAAUCUACUCACGUCAUCAGUGGAGACAGCCCAUUCAAUAAAAGCUUGGUGUCGAUAAUCCGAGGCCAGGUCCUCACCUCUGAUGGAACACCUCUGAUUGGAGUCAACGUGACAUUUGUCCACUACCCCGACCACGGAUACACCAUAACGCGCAAGGAUGGCAUGUUUGAUCUCCUGGCCAACGGAGGGGCAUCUUUGACGCUCAGCUUUGAGCGUGCGCCGUUCCUCACUCAGUACAGGACGGUGUGGGUGCCGUGGAACGUCUUUUAUGUGAUGGACACACUGGUCAUGAAGAAGGAGGAGAACGACAUCCCAAGCUGUGACCUGAGCGGCUUCAUCCGGCCCAGUCCCGUCAUCGUCGCUUCCCCGCUGUCCACUUUUUACCGAAGUUCACUUGAGGAUGGACCCAUCGUACCUGAAACUCAGGUUUUACAGGAGGAAACUUCAAUCCCGGGCAGCGACCUGAACCUCGUCUACCUGAGCUCCAGAGCUGCAGGGUACAAACCAGUCCUCAAAGUCUCCAUGACUCAGUCCUCAAUUCCUUUCAAUCUGAUGAAGGUUCACCUGAUGGUGGCGGUGGUGGGUCGCCUCUUCCAGAAAUGGUUUCCAGCUCAACCAAAUCUGUCCUACACGUUUAUCUGGGACAAGACGGACGCCUACGGCCAACGCGUCUUUGGACUUUCUGAGGCAGUUGUGUCUGUGGGGUUUGAAUACGAGUCCUGCCUUGACCUCAUCCUGUGGGAGAAGAGGACGGCCAUCUUACAAGGCUACGAGAUGGACGCGUCCAACAUGGGAGGAUGGACGCUGGACAAACAUCACAUCCUGGACGUACAAAGCGGUAUCUUGUAUAAGGGCAACGGUGAGAAUAUCUUUGUAUCCCUGCUACCUCCGGUAAUCAGCAGCAUUAUGGGGAACGGCCGCCGCCGCAGCAUCUCCUGCCCCAGCUGUAACGGGCAGGCAGAGGGCAACAAGCUGCUGGCGCCCCUUGCUCUGGCAUGUGGAGCAGAUGGCAGCAUUUUUGUCGGGGACUUCAACUACAUCCGGAGGAUCUUCCCCUCUGGGAAUGUGACCAGUGUCAUGGAGCUGAGAAACAAAGAUUUCAGACAUAGCAACAACCCGGCUCACAGGUACUACCUGGCCACUGACCCAGUAACAGGCCAGUUGUAUGUGUCGGACACUAAUUCGCGACGAAUAUACCGACCCAAGAUGCUCAGCGGGGCCCGUGACCUCAGCAGUAAUGGAGAGGUAGUAGCAGGCACAGGAGAGCAGUGCCCUCCCUUUGAUGAGGCUCGAUGUGGAGAUGGAAGAAAAGCUCCGGAGGCGCAGCUGCUGGGACCCAAAGGCAUCGCAGUGGAUAAGAACGGACUGAUCUACUUUGUGGAUGGAACAAUGAUCAGGAAGGUGGAUCGUAAUGGAAUCAUCUCCACGGUGCUUGGCAGUAAUGACCUGACCUCCGCAAGGCCUUUGACAUGCGAUACCAGCAUGCACAUAAGUCAGGUUCGUUUGGAGUGGCCCACAGACCUUGCUAUAAAUCCUAUGGAUAACUCCAUGUAUGUCCUAGACAACAACGUUGUGCUGCAGAUCACUGAAAACAGACAGGUCCGUAUUGUGGCGGGUCGUCCAAUGCAUUGCCAAGUGCCGGGUAUAGAAUACACACUGGGAAAGAGAGCAGUCCAAACCAUGCUGGAGGGGGCAACAGCUAUUGCCUUGUCCUACAGCGGCAUCCUCUACAUCGCAGAGACAGAUGAGAAGAAAAUCCACCGUAUCCGACAAGUGUCUACUGAUGGAGAAAUUACCCAUUUAGCUGGAGCUCCAUCUGAAUGUGACUGCAAGAAUGACGCCAACUGUGACUGCUACCAAACCGGGGAUGGCUACGCUAAAGAUGCCAGGCUUAACGGCCCUUCCUCGUUGGUGGUGUCUCCGGACGGGACGCUGUAUGUGGCUGAUCUGGGAAAUACUAGAAUUCGAGCGAUAAGACGAAACUGCCCAUCUACAGGCUCCUUGGCGUCCGGUCCCAGCUCCUAUGAAGUAGCUUCUCCAGCAUCCCAAGAACUCUAUGUGUUUGAUGCAAAUGGAACCCACCAAUUCACCAUGUCUCUGGUGACUGGGGACUUUAAAUUUAACUUCAGCUACAGCAAUGAGGAGGAUGUUACCGCGGUGACAGACAGCAGCGGCAACACACUCCGCAUCCGCAGGGACCCCAACAGGAUGCCUGUCCGCGUGGUUGCUCCUGAUAAUCAGGUAAUCUGGCUGACCAUUGGAACUAACGGAGGAUUAAAGACUCUCACAACUCAGGGGCAGGAACUGGUCCUGUUCACAUACCACGGAAACAGCGGCCUGCUGGCUACUAAGAGCAUCCAGAUUGGGUGGACCACAUUCUACGACUAUGACAGCGAGGGUCGCCUGACUAAUGUGACCUUCCCUACCGGAGUGGUAACCAAUCUCCAUGGAGACAUGUCAUCAGGAGCUGUCGCAGUUGACAUCGAGACAUCCGGAAGAGAUGAAGAUGUUUCCAUAACAACCAACCUGUCUUCAGUAGACUCCUUCUACACCUUAGUCCAAGAUCAACUUCGUAACAGUUACCAAAUGGGAAACGAUCAUUCACUCAGAGUCAUCUAUGCCAACGGGAUGGACACACACUACCAGACAGAGCCGCAUAUACUGGCAGGUGCUGCUAACCCCACUAUUGCCCGGCGAAACAUGACCCUGCCCGGAGAGAACGGCCAAAACCUGGUGGAAUGGAGGUUCAGGAGGGAGCAGACGGGAGGAAAAGUCGUCGUUUUUGGGAGGAAGCUGAGGGUAAACGGGAGAAACUUGCUGUCGGUGGAUUAUGACCGAGCACUCCGAACAGAGAAAAUCUACGAUGACCACAGGAAGUUCCUGCUCAAAAUCAUUUAUGACAACCAAGGCCAUCCAACUCUGUGGGUUCCCAGCAAUUCCCCAGUUCCCAAGCUGCUGUCAGUGAACCUGACAUACUCCAGCACUGGCCAAGUGACAGGUCUGCAGAGAGGUCCAACAACAGAGAGGUGGGAGUAUGACAGUCAAGGAAGAAUCAUUUCCAGAGUCUUCGCCGAUGGAAAGAUAUGGAGCUACACCUACCUGGAUAAGUCCAUGGUGCUGCUGCUGCACAGCCAGCAUCAGUACAUCUUUGAUUAUGACUCAGGAGACCGUCUGUCAGCGGUCACCAUGCCCAGCGUGGCUCGUCACACCAUGCAGACCAUCAGGUCCAUAGGUUAUUACAGGAAUAUAUACACCCCUCCAGAAAGCAACGCGUCUGUCACAGUGGACUACUCUGAAGACGGACAGCUCCUCAGAGUGGCGUUUUUAGGGACUGGACGUCAGAUCCUGUACAAAUAUCGCAAACAGAACAAACUGGCAGAGAUCCUUUACGACUCGACACGAGUCAGCUUCACAUACGAUGAGACCGCCGGCGUUCUGAAGACCGUCAACCUCCAGAGCGAAGGUUUCAUCUGCUCCAUCCGGUACCGCCAAAUCGGUCCGCUGGUUGACCGGCAAAUAUUCCGCUUCAGCGAGGAUGGGAUGGUGAACGCCCGCUUCGACUACACCUACGACAACAGCUUCAGGGUCACCAGCAUGCAGGCCGUCAUCAAUGAGACGCCGCUGCCAAUCGAUCUCUACCAGUUUGAUGACAUUUCUGGUAAAAUGGAGCAGUUUGGGAAGUUUGGAGUCAUCUAUUAUGACAUCAACCAGAUCAUAUCCACGGCGGUGAUGACCUACACUAAACACUUUGAUGUGCAUGGCCGCAUCAAGGAGAUCCAGUACGAGAUUUUCAGGUCUCUGAUGUACUGGAUCACCAUUCAGUAUGACAACAUGGGCAGAGUCACCAAACGGGAGAUUAAGAUUGGACCGUUUGCCAAUACCACCAAGUAUGGGUAUGAGUAUGAUGUUGAUGGACAGUUGCAGACCGUCUACCUCAAUGAGAAGCUGAUGUGGAGAUACAAUUAUGACCUGAAUGGAAACCUGCACCUGCUGAACCCUGGGAACAGUGGCCGGUUGACCCCGCUGCGCUAUGACCUAAGAGACCGAAUCACUCGUCUGGGAGAUGUUCAGUACAGGAUGGACGAAGAUGGACUUCUAAGACAGCGAGGAGCUGAGAUAUUUGAGUACAACUCAAAAGGUCUUUUAACGCGUGUGUACAGUAAAGCAGCCAGUUGGACCAUCACGUACCGCUAUGAUGGUUUGGGUCGGCGCGUGGCAUCAAAGAACAGUUUGGGUCAGCAUCUGCAGUUCUUCUACGCAGAUCUGAAUUACCCCACGAGGAUCACCCACGUCUACAACCACUCCAGCUCUGAGAUCACCUCCUUCUACUAUGAUCUGCAGGGCCACGUGUUUGCCAUGGAAAUCAGCAGCGGGGAUGAGUUUCAUAUUGCGUGUGAUAACACCGGGACUCCGCUGGCCGUCUUCAGCAACAACGGGCUGCUGCUGAAACAGGUGCAGUACACAGCAUACGGAGAAGUUUACUUCGACUCCAACCCAGACUUCGUUCUGGUGAUUGGUUUCCAUGGAGGUCUGUACGAUCCUCUGACACGACUGCUGCAUUUUGGAGACCGAGAUUACGACAUCCCUGCAGGGAGAUGGACCACUCCUGACAUCAGCACUUGGACACGUGUUGGGAAGGAGCCUCAGCCCUUUAACCUGUACAUGUUUAGAGGAAAUAACCCCAUUAGCAAAAUCCAUCAGGUCAAAGAGUAUGUCACAGAUGUCAACAUCUGGUUGGUCACGUUUGGCUUUCAUCUCCACAAUGCGAUCCCAGGAUUCCCCAUUCCCAAGUUUGAACUGAGACAGCCAUCACUGGAGAUGAAAAAGAGUCAGCUGUGGGACGAUCUGCCAAUGAUCUCAGGUGUCCAGCAGGAAGUGACCCGGCAGUCCAAGGCUUUCCUGUCCUUAGAGCGAAUGCCAGAGAUCCAGCUCAGCCGACGGCAUUCAGCGCACUCCAAACCCUGGCUUUGGUUCGCCACCGUCAAGUCUCUGAUUGGAAAAGGGGUGAUGUUUGCCAUCGUCCAGGGCCGCGUGGUCACCAACGCUUUGAACAUAGCCAACGAGGACUGCAUCAAAGUGGCCGGAGUUCUGAACAACGCCUUCUACCUGGAGGAUCUUCAUUUCACCGUGGAGGGUCGGGACACGCACUACUUCAUCAAGACCAGCCUCCCCGACAACGACCUGGGCGCUCUGCGGCUCACGUCGGGCAGAAAGUCUCUGGAGAACGGCGUGAACAUCACCGUGUCUCAGUCCACCACUGUGAUGAACGGGAGAACCCGACGCUUUGCUGACGUGGAACUACAGUACGGGGCUCUGGCGCUCCACGUGCGCUAUGGGACGACACUGGAUGAAGAGAAAGCCCGGAUUCUGGAACAAGCCAGGCAGAGGGCGCUGUCGAGCGCCUGGUCCCGGGAGCAGCAGCGGGUCAGAGACGGGGAGGAGGGCGUCCGGCUGUGGACCGAGGGAGAGAAAAGGCAGCUGCUGAGCAGUGGCAAAGUCUUGGGUUACGACGGCUACUACGUCUUGUCCAUAGAGCAGUACCCCGAGCUGGCAGACAGCGCCAACAACAUCCAGUUCUUACGGCAGAGCGAGAUCGGGAGGAGGUAACACGGCUGGGAAUAUUUGGAAGAAAUCCACCCCCUGACUGUCAGAGACUAACAGUAGUUUUAACACAAAAGGGAUGUCACAGAAGAAACUGUAUGAAGACUGAAAGGGCCCACCGGCUCGCCUCACUUUCAGUUUUUCUUUGACUCCAACUGACCGCCGACAAAAGGAACUUCAUGAAUUCACGUUUUUCUUUUUCCUUUAAAUUUUUCUUUUUCCUCCAACGUUUUGAUUUCUACCCCACAGACAGCAUCCACGCAUGCCCCUGCACCCCUCCCCGUCGCUCUCUGGUAGGCGGGACUCACCUGACAGGCCACCUGUCACACAGUGGGACUUUAGUUCAAAUAGCCAACUCAGUGUUUCAGCAGUCAUGUGCCUGCAAGCAUUUAAACCGCUGCGCCUGCAGACGCUGCAGGGAAUGAUGCGUCUCUGUGGGUCCAGAUGCAAGCGUCGCUCCGGCUUGUACACCUCUUUGUGUAUAGGAUUUAUUAUUCCAUGGCUGAAGCCAUCGAAUGGAACUGUUGAGGACUCUCUCUAAGAGAGACGGGCUCAGAAAAAAGGACUACAAUUUGUAACAAAGUUAAGAAAAAGACUUUUUUUUUGUUUGAAAGUUUCUGUUUUUAUAUAUAAACUUGGAUUUGCUUCAAACAAAAAGGGGAUAUAAAAAAAGUUUAUGUACUAUUACCUACAUGUAUGCCACUAUUAAUACUGUAACUACACUACCACCACCACCAGAAUGGAUCAUAUGAACUAAACCAGGCUUUGCGUUGUGCUUUCUUUUUCCGUCUUUCUGAUACUAGUCAGUUCUAAAAGCACUUCUUCUUCAUCCUCUGUGCUGCUACAAGGUCUGUGACUCCCACAGACCAGACAUGCAGUCAAAUGGCGACAUGUGCGAAGGUGGUGGUAGUGGGGGGCGGGCCCACAGAGCCAUGUCUGGAAGGAGGCCCCAUCGACCCCGGAGCCCCUCACUUCUGCAAACGGUGACUCAGCUUCAUAAUGCAUAGACCUUGUGCUUUUGUCAGUCAAAGGUUGUAGUAUUGCUUGCAAUAGAAACAUGUUGUCAUGGCUGUGGGGGGGUCCGGGUUGCUGUGAGUGGCAACAAACUGUUGCUCCUCUUUCGUUUUUGCUCGUUUCUCCUUAAAGGGACAAUGCAUUGCCAUUAGUGACAUUACUGAGUAACUGUAAUAGCUCAAGAAUCGAUGUUUUCUCAUUGAUCGUGGGUCUCAGUGCUCUUUUAGAGGAGUUUGUGUUACAUGUGUUUACAAAAAGGAUGGAAAGCUCUUUGAAAAAGGAAAGUGCAGGAAAUUUACACAUAAAAGGUAACAUCACGUACGACCAAUCUUUAUUUUCCAGACACUAAAGAUGAGUUGACAAUGUUUUGUUGAUUUUUUUUUUUUGGAGAGAAUCCAUUUAUCCGUACAUCGAUAUUAGUCUCAGAGAAAGUAAUUUAUGUACAGUGUUUCUACAGUAAAGAAUAAAAACUCUUGAAACUA